AUGGUGAAUAUUCCGAAGACAAGAAAUACAUUUUGUAAGAAGUGUAGCGGCUACUCUCCACACAAGGUUUCUCAGGCCAAGAAGUCCAAAGACAAUCCUAGAGCCCAGGGAAAUAGGAGAUAUGCUAGGAAGCAACGGGGUUAUGGUGGUCAGACAAAGCCGAUUCUCCGAAGAAAGGCCAAAGUCACCAAGAAGCUUGUUUUGAAGUUGGAGUGUACCAAGUGCAAGUUUUCCCACCAAAAGCCUCUGAAGAGGGCCAAGCACGUGAUAUUUGGCGGAGAGAAGAAAACAAAGGGAGAAGCAUUGGUUUAUUAA